GACUCCUCCACGCCGCGGCGCCACAGUCCCUCUGUCCAUUGGCUCCUGUGUGUGGCAAACGGAGGCAACUUGGAAGCACUUGGCUAAAUCUCAGGCAAAUCCCUUUAGCCGCGUCUUGAUAUGGCUUCUUGGUGACUGGUCUCUGCUUUCAGGAAAUGCAACAGGUGGAGGGUCCGUGUCAAUGAAUCGUGGACGAUGAGGUCAGGUGGAAACAUGGAUGACAACAGUAUGAGUGACUCCAAUGUAAAGGUGGCUGUCCGUGUGCGGCCAAUGAACAGGAGAGAAAAAGACCUGAACACAAAAUGUGUCGUGGAAAUGGAGGGAAAUCAGACAAUUUUGCAUCCACCCAUCACCAGUGCAAACAAAGGCGAUCCUCGCAACCAGCCAAAAGUUUUUGCCUACGACCACUGCUUCUGGUCUAUGGAUGAUGCUCAGAAGGACAAGUUUGCAGGUCAAGACGUGAUGUUCCAGUGCCUUGGCGAGAGUCUACUCAACAAUGCUUUCAUGGGAUAUAACGCAUGUAUCUUCGCUUAUGGACAAACAGGCUCAGGGAAGUCAUUCACCAUGAUGGGCUCAGCAGAGCAGCCUGGUCUGAUCCCCCGUCUCUGCAGCGCUCUGUUCAACCGCAUCGACCUGGAGCUCAGGGAGGGAGAGAGCUUCACUGUAGAGGUGUCUUACAUGGAGAUCUACAACGAGAAAGUCCGUGACCUACUGGACCCCAAAGGAAGUCGACAGACACUGAGAGUGAGGGAGCACAAAGUGCUUGGGCCUUAUGUGGAUGGACUCUCACGUCUGGCUGUAUCAAGCUAUAAGGACAUUGAGUCUCUGAUGUCCGAGGGAAAUAAAUCUCGAACGGUGGCCGCAACAAACAUGAAUGAGGAGAGCAGCCGAUCUCAUGCAGUGUUCAACAUCAUCCUCACACACACGCUGUGUGACCUUAUGUCUGGGACGAGUGGAGAGAAGGUGAGCAAGCUGAGUCUGGUGGAUCUGGCUGGCAGCGAGCGGGCAGCGAAAACCGGAGCAGCUGGAGAGAGGCUCAAAGAAGGAAGUAACAUCAAUAAAUCCCUCAGUACUUUGGGUUUGGUGAUCUCAGCUUUGGCUGAUCAAGGAGCUGGAAAAAACAAGUUUGUUCCCUACAGAGACUCCGUGCUCACUUGGCUGCUCAAGGACAGUCUAGGAGGGAACAGCCGCACUGCGAUGGUGGCCACAGUAAGUCCAUCGGCCGAUAACUAUGAUGAGACUCUGUCCACGCUAAGGUACGCAGACAGAGCCAAAAGUAUCGUGAACCACGCAGUCGUCAACGAAGACCCCAACGCAAGGAUCAUCCGUGAGCUCAGGGAAGAGGUGGAGAAGCUCAGGGAACAGCUCACAGAGGCAGAGUCUAUGAAGGCUCCAGAGCUGAAGGAGCGUCUGGAGGAGUCUGAGAAACUCAUCCAGGAGAUGACUGUGACCUGGGAGGAGAAGCUUCGCAAAACUGAGGCAAUUGCACAGGAGCGUCAGAAGCAGCUGGAGAGUCUGGGCAUCUCUCUGCAGUCCUCCGGGAUCAGAGUGGUCGACGACAAGUUCUUCUUGGUCAAUCUCAAUGCUGACCCCGCCCUCAACGAACUGCUCGUCUACUACCUCAAGGAUCACACUCGGGUGGGCUCUGCUGAUUCUCAGGACAUCCAGCUGUGUGGGAUGGCCAUUCAGGCUGAGCAUUGCGUCAUUGACAUCAGUGACAACACUGUAGUACUCACUCCUCAUCGCAAUGCCCGUACCUGUGUGAAUGGUUCUGUAGUGACCAGUCCAGUGCACCUCCAUCAUGGAGACCGAAUCCUGUGGGGCAACAACCACUUUUUUAGGAUCAGCCUGCCCAAACACAAGGCCCAGAGCACUGCCGAGGGGGAAGAGAUCUCCGCCCCUAAACUUAGUCUGAGCACAGACCACCUGGAGGUGGACCACGAAGCACUCAGCGAUGUUUCCAGUGAACGCAGCUUCAGCUAUGAGUCUGCUCAGGCUGAGGUCAUGAUGAAGGCUAUGGGCAGCAAUGACCCGUUGCAGUCGGUGUUGCAGACUUUGGAGCGGCAGCAUGAGGAAGAGAAACGCUGUGCUCUGGAGAGACAGAGACUGAUGUACGAACAGGAGCUACACCAACUCAGGCAAAGACUCAACCCAGAGAAACCCUCCCAUCUGCUCGACCCAGGAAGUAACACCAAUACUGCGACCUCUGCUUCAGCCACCAGCCCAGAGAGACGCACACGCCGCUGGAGUGAGGACAGAGAGGCGAUGAUGACUCGGAGCCUGCGACGUCUAAAAGAGCAGAUUGUGAGGGCAAACCUUUUGGCUCAGGAGGCUGGAUUCAUUGCAGAAGAACUGAACAAAAGAACGGAGUACUUGGUCACUCUGCAGAUCCCCGCUGCCAACCUGGACGCGAACAGGAAGCGUGAUGCUGUGCUGAGCGAGCCGGCUAUCCAAGUACGUCGUAAAGGCAAAGGGAAGCAGAUCUGGGCCCUGGAGAAGAUGGAGAACAGACUUGUCGACAUGAGGGAGCUGUACCAGGAGUGGAAGGACUUUGACGAAGAUAAUCCAGUGAUGCGGUCUUAUUUCAAGCGUGCCGAUCCUUUCUUUGAUGAGCAGGAGAACCACAGUCUGAUCGGAGUCGCCAACGUGUUUCUGGCCUGUCUGUUCUAUGACGUGAAGCUACAGUAUGCAGUGCCCAUCAUCAACCAGAAGGGGGAGGUGGCUGGUCGUUUGCAUGUGGAGGUGUGGAGAGGCACUGAGAGCUCAGAGGACAGUUCGGCUCUGGUGGAGUCUCUGAGCACAGACGGUGAAACACAGGAGCGCAGACUCUACUGUGUGGUAAAGCUCCUGCAGGCCACAGGACUCCCUCGACACCUGUCUAACUUUGUGUUCUGUCAGUAUCACUUCUGGGGUCAGGGGGAGCCUGUGUUUGUUGCCCCUGAAAUGGACUCCCCUUCCUCCCCCACCGCCUCUCGUGACCCCCAGUGCACUGUGGUCUUUGAUAGCGCCAAGGAGCUGGCCGUCCCUGUAUCGGAGGACUUUGUGGAGUACCUGUCUGAGGGUGCCGUGGCGAUAGAAGUGUAUGGACACAAACAGGCCAACCACCGCAGGAACCUGGCUCUGUGGGACCUGGGCGUUAUCCAGGCCAAGACACGGUCGCUGAGGGAGAGGUGGAGUGAGGUGACCCGUCAUCUGGAGCUUUGGGUGCAGCUGAUGGAGCUGAAUGAUGCUGGAGAGUUCACACCUGUGCAGGUCACGGCUGCUAAAGACGUGCGCACCGGGGGCGUGUUCCAGCUCAGACAGGGCCAGUCUCGACGUGUACAGGUGGAGGUGCGCUCUGUACCGGACUCUGGGACCAUGCCUCUGAUUGCAGCCUCCAUCGUGUCCGUUUCCAUCGGUGACGUCAAAGUCCGACAAGCUCCUCCAUCCAAAGCUGCUGAGAUGCACUGGGGUGACAAUGAAGAGUUGGACAGCUAUCAAGAGGUGGAUCUGGAGCGCAUGAGGCAACAGUGGCUCUUCACUUUGACUCAGAGACAAGAAUACCUGGACCAACAGCUGCAGAAGAUCGUCUCUAAACCAGAUAAAUCAGAGGACGAUGUGGAGAGAGAGUCGCAGCUGCUGGAGUGUCGUCUGACCCUCACUGAGGAGAGGAACGCUGUGCUGGUACCCUCUGCGGGGAGUGGCAUCCCAGGAGCCCCAGUCGAGAGGGUCCCAGUCCCGGGAAUGGAAACGCACAUCCCAGUUCUCUUCCUGGAUCUCAGUGCGGAUGAUUUCCAGUCCAGGCUCUCUGCUCCUCUCUCCGGGGGCCUAGACGCUUUACUCAGUGAUGAAGACGAGGAUGAGUUCUUCGAUCUGCACAUAGUCAAACAUUAUGAUCCAAAGGUGAAGGUAGAGGCGUCCUGGGACUCUACAGUUCACGACUGCCCAGAGCUGAGCCGAGCGGGAGGUGCAGACCUCCGGGUUUAUUUGACGGUGAAGACUGUGGUGCAGCUGUCCCAUCCUGCCCACAUGAGGCUGUUACUACGGAAACGCAUCUGUGUCAGUGUCACCGGGAGACAGGGCUUUGCUCAGAGCUUCCUGAAGAGAAUGUCCCAGCGCAGUACUAUCCCUGGCUGCGGAGUCACCUUUGAGAUUGUUUCUAACAUCCCUGGGGAUAUCCAUGGGCCGGAGGACAGGGAGAUGUUGGCUCGGCUGGCUGCCAGUGCAGAGGAGGACCCCACAACCGACAGUGAGGCAGCCAUAGAGAAGUACCUGCGUAGUGUCCUGGCUGUGGAGAACGUCCUAACACUGGACAGGCUCAGACAGGAGGUGGCUGUGAAGGAACAACUGGCCAUCAGAGGAAAAGCCCAGAGGCACAGUCUGAGCUCUCCAAGUGUCAACCAGCUGUCCUCCAGUUCUUUGGACCUGUCUUCAUCCACUCACAAACUUAAUGACAUCAAGGGUUGGGAGAGUCAUCAGGACUUGUCACUGAAGCCUUCUCCAGCGAAACCUGCUGCUGCUUCCCUCAGUUCUUCAACUCUGAACAGGAGCCUCCACCCAGACACUGGUUUUGCUGCAUCUUUUCUGCCCCCAGUGAAGGCAGUGCCCCGACUGCUCAUGUCUCAACUUCCCGGAGGCAAAGAGGAGAAAUCGGAGAUGUCCUCCCCUCCUCCACAGCCCAGUCUUCCACGGAUCAUGGUGCAGUCUGCCAGUGUAGAAGAAGGAUUGAGUCGUUUACAGCAACCGGUUCCCAUUGAGAAAAUCAUUCCCUGUGACAUCACACUGGAGAGCCCUAAAUCGGUCCAUGCUCCGCCUUCUGUUGUCCCAGAGACAGAGGAUUCCACCCCGAGUCCCGUCAGUGAAUUGUCCAGCGGUUACAUGUCCACCAGCAUCUCCACAGCAACGCUGUCCGACGUGUACACCCUGAGUUGGGACCUGCCUCCUCUGUCUAGCACCAAAACGGAAGAGGAGGAAGAGGACGAGGAAAUCGCAGCCGAUCGGGAAUUUCUGCUGGAUGACAAAUCGCUCACGGAGGAAUUGGAAAAAGAUUUGCAAAAACGUCAACUACAUCAAGAACAAAUGAACAGCGCAAUAUCUGAAAAGGUAGUCCAACAAUGCCAUUUAGACAACAAAAAUGAACAAGAAGUUGAAAUUCUUGCUUCUAAUCAUGAGGACAAUGCAGUGCCAAUCAAAUCACUAGUGGCAGAUGAGGAAGGUACAAAUGAGAUGAAUGCCAAAAAUCCUGUACACAAUGGGACAACGUCAGAUCAAAAAAGUAUAAAUGAACAAAAAGACGAUCAGCCAGUUCAGACAUCAGCUCUUGAAAUAUCCAGAGUAGAUGAUAAAGAUUUAGAAGAAAUCCUACUUGAAAAUGACCAAAUGUUAACUGUAGCUACAGAAGUUGAAUUAGCAGAUCAGCCUCAAACAACUAUAGUCAAUGGACAAUCUUCUUGCUUGGUAUCAGAGGAAUCUAAACUUUCAAAUCUUGUUUCAACCCAAAAUGACAAUUCAGCAAAGUCAAAAGAUGAUAUAGAAGAGAUCCAGUCGGAAAAUGAUGAAAAAUCUAUGGAACAACUACAGCCAUUGAGGCACGAUGUUAUAGAAUCAGUUAUAGAUUUGGAUGAGACAGUUCAGGAAUCUAAAGAUAACCUAAAGUCUUCAAACAUGGAAUCUGAGCAAGUGGACCCCUCAGUUACUGUUACAACAAAGGCACCAGAAGGAGAAACAUUGGCACUUAAAAAUGAUCAGUCUAUAGCUAUUGCUGCAGAAAGUGAAACCAAGUCAACUGCAGAUUUGUCAAGUAAUUUGGAGAAGAGUUCAGCAGAGGUCAAUGGACAGUCUUCUAACUUGAUAUCUGAAGGAAGUGGGACAAAUCAAACUGUUAAAAUCAGCUCAGAAAGAUCAACAGAUGUACUACCAUCUUCUUCUAAUGUUGCAUCGUCUAAACCACCAGCUGCAAGUCCCUUCAAGAUUACAAAGAAAGUCAAGUCUUCAGACCUCAGGUCCUUUCAGCCAAUCAUAGACGAGGAUGACCCUGCCACAGAGAGGUCAGGGAGUUCAGGGACGCACCUGUCUGUUCCCACAGAAACGUUGGAGAUUAUUUCAGACUCAGAGGAAGGAGAAGCCAAUGGCGUCGUGCCCGAAUGGUUAAAGGAGGGAGAGUUUGUGACUGUUGGGACAAAUAAGUAUGGCACUGUGCAGUACGUGGGGCCCACCGAUUUCGCACCAGGAAUCUGGAUCGGAGUGGAGCUGGAGGUACCGGCAGGUAAGAACGACGGCUCAGUGGGAGGUAAACACUACUUCCACUGUAACCCUGGAUACGGGGUCCUGGUGCGCCCCAGUCGAGUGACCCGCGCCUCUGGGACCAGCAGCAAACGAAGAAGACAACAAAAGCGCCGCAGUGCCAACCUCUCUGGGUCGAGCCCCAACCUAGCGGCACUCACUGCUCUCGCCAAAGGGGAGGGGCCAGGAGGGGCGGGAGGUGGGGCCACAGGGCGAGGCGGGAAAGGAGAGAACCGCAAGUCAUGGAACACAUAGAUGCACAUAGACUCAAUGCUUUCAGGUGUCAGGUUAAUUGUAAGUAUGAGUUUUGGACAUGGGAGAGCACAUAAGCCCAGAAUUCAUCAGAUAAAGUGGAACUGUGAGAAUUCCUGUAGUUCAGUUGCUUCUACAUCAUGGACAGAUUAUUGGUCAAACUCGUCAGCAAGUUUCUGAUAAACAUAUUUGGGCAAAGAUUGUGUUGAUGAGGGGUUUUAUCAUCAAAAUAUCUAGUUAACGAUGGCUUCUACAUUUGGUACCUGAUCUUAAUCUCAAACAGGUAACAGAUUCAACAAGUUGUCUAGGCUACUUCCUCCAUCUGACAAAAACAUAUGAAUUUUCCAAAAUGCACUUGAAAGAAGCGUAAUUAUUCAACGAUAAGGUUAGAAAAAACUCCACAUGAAUGUUUUUAAUAAUGAUGCCAAUGUUUUUAUCCUACUGCCACUGAACUUGGUUUGUCCUGAAUACAUUUUAAAGCAUAGACUGCAGAACAGAUUUGUAUUUAGAUUCCAACGCUACACUUCAUACGAUUUUUAUUAGGCCAAGAGCAAUUGUGUGAAUGUAUUUUAUAUUGACGUCUUCAGACUUUGCCUCUGUGCCUUUUAAGUAUCAAAUUACUACAGUAUGUGAAACAUUAUUGUGUUAAAGGUACAUUAUGUAAUUUUUCUGAUGGAUGAUCUGUCUGUCUGCAUCUGUUAUUGCAUUGCCUGGUAUGUUCCACAGUUUGGCAUUAAACUUGUCUAUAUCUGGAGACGAGCAGUUGACGCCAUCUGUCCAAGUUACAGGUCAGAUCUGUGUAGAGGCCAUGCUGCACGACACUCGCAGUAAGAAUGAUUUUGCAUGAUUUUGAAGUUAUUGGAAUAAAGGCAAAAUAGAUACAUUAAAUUCCUAGCUUACAGUCUCCAUAAAAACAAGCAGGUAGUCAACCUCUACCUGAAAUUUCCACAAUGUACCUUUAAUGAAGAAAUGAUGGAGUUGAACUGUCUUGUUUGAAUGUGCCAAUCUACUUUUUAAACAGCUCCUGCACUUUCACUCUGAUCUCCCUGGAUAUAACUGUAUUGGUUGUAAUAAUGUGUUUCGGGAAAGCUACUGUGGGUGUGGGGAGGGCCAUGGAUGAGUUAAAACAAAGUUAAUGAGGGAGAUUAUGCAUUUAAUAUUAUGUUUGUAUGAAAAAGAUUUUAUACUUUGGUCUUUUUGAAUGUAGAGAUGUUUAUUUAUUUGAUGAAAUUGUUCCUAAUAAAACAAAUCAACUU